AUGGCUCAAACCAACGCUGCUCGUGUUCCCCUGCCUGCCGGCCACUUCCUCUUCACCUCGUGAGUGUCACAAGCGCGCAUCGCCCAACGUCGACGUCUUGCCUGUCUGACAAAAAGCGCACCCUACACCAGAGAGGCUGUUGGUGAGGGUCACCCCGACAAGAUUUGCGAUCAAGUGUCUGAUGCCAUCCUCGUGAGUAUUGGUACAGCCACCUCGCUUCAAUGCUCGCAUAGCGCGCGCGCGCUCGCUCGCUCUGACGCCGCGCCGCGCCGACUUGAUCAUCACAGGACGCUUGUUUGGAGCAGGAUCCUUGGUCCAAGGUUGCCUGCGAGACUGCGACCAAGACUGGUAUGAUCAUGGUCUUUGGUGAGAUCACUACCAAGGCCCAGAUCGACUACCAAAAGGUCAUUCGCAACAAGAUCAAGGACAUUGGUUACGACCACAGCGACAAGGGUUUCGACUACAAGACUUGCAACGUGCUCGUCGCCAUCGAGCAGCAAUCGCCAGACAUUGCCCAAGGUCUGGAUCACGGAAACUUGGAGUCGCACGGUGCUGGUGAUCAGGGAAUCAUGUUCGGAUACGCUACCGACGAGACGCCCGAGUUGAUGCCCUUGACCUUGAUGCUCUCCCACAAGCUCAACACGGCCAUGUCCGUUGCGCGUAGAGAUGGAAGCCUCGGCUGGCUCAGACCAGACUCCAAGACUCAGGUCACUGUGCAGUACAAGAAGGAUGGCGGCGCAGUCGUGCCUGUGCGCGUAGACACCGUCGUCAUCUCUACACAACAUGCAGAGGAGAUCUCUACAGAGGACCUCCGAAAAGAGAUUCUCGAAAAGAUCAUCAAGAAGGUCAUUCCCGCUGAGCUGCUCGAUGCACAGACCGUCUACCACAUUCAACCUUCUGGCCGUUUCGUCAUUGGUGGUCCUCAGGGAGGUGAGUGGUGGCGCACGCAAUUCCGCAUCCUGCUGCGCUGACAAGCUGCACGUCGUCGACACCGCAGACGCUGGUGUCACUGGCAGAAAGAUCAUCGUCGACACUUAUGGAGGCUGGGGCGCUCACGGAGGUGGUGCCUUUUCUGGCAAGGACUUUUCCAAGGUCGACCGUUCCGCUGCCUACUCUGCACGCUACGUCGCCAAGGCCAUCGUCAACGCUGGUCUCGCGCGUCGAGUUUUGGUGCAAUUCUCUUACGCUAUUGGUGUCGCUGAGCCGCUGUCGGUCUACGUCGACAGCUACGGAACCAGCUCCAAGACGGAUGAAGAGCUCGUUGAGAUUGUGAGGAACAACUUUGACCUGCGUCCCGGUGUCAUGAUCAAGACGCUCGACUUGCAAAAGCCCAUCUACGCCAACACUGCCAGAGGUGGUCACUUUGGUCGCUCCGAGUUCGCUUGGGAGCAGCCUAGGCAACUCAAGUUCUGA